AGAAAAUAGACACUCACAUGAUGCGCGGAAGGGUGCUUUAUGAAAGUGUACGGAACGAAGUUAAGGGCAUUAACGUUUAUUCACUCUUAAGAAAAUUAAUAAUCCGUUAAAAAUUACUUAUGUAACUGAACUAUGAACAGUGUGCGUAUAUUGAAAUGUGGGCUCGUCGAUUAAUUGCCGAAAAUAUUGUUUCUCCACAUACAAGUAGAACAAUCACCCAAUUUAUUUACCAAAAACAUAUCCGAUAUUUAGCGUUUAGAAAUACUGCUCUUAAGUCAGGCCCAAAAGGAAAAACCUGUAACGUUAUUCAGCGAAAAUCAACACUGGUCAUUUUAACUAGUGGGUUUAAAUAAUGACGUCCUCAAUGAUAAUUCCAGUAAUAGAUGUGCAGGGCAAUAAUUUUAGGCAGCUGUGGGCAGCAAUGGUUCUGGCCAUUAAAACGUCUUCAUUCAUUGCAGUUGAUACGGAGCUAAGUGGUCUUGGGUCAAGGAAAGCUCUUCUAUCAGAAUCUAUUGAAGACAGGUACAAAGCCAUAUGCCAUGCAGCGCGCACACGAUCAGUACUGUCUUUGGGGAUUGCAUGUUACAAAGAACUUGAAAACAAAGCAGACAGCACAUACCUGGUCCAGGUUUACAACCUAACCUUGCUUUGCACAGAAGAAUACAUCAUUGAACCCCAGUCAGUGCAGUUUCUUGUGCAGCAUGGAUUCGACUUCAACAAACAAUACGCUGAAGGCAUUCCUUAUCAUAAGGGGAAUGACAAAGGAGGUGAUGCCCAUGGGGUAAACAUGCGAUCAUUAUUCGUAGAGCUUCUUAGGGCAAACAAGCCUUUAGUGGUCCAUAAUGGGCUGAUAGACAUGGUGUUCUUGUACCAGUGCUUCUAUGCCCAUUUACCUGAGCGACUGGGCACCUUCACAGCAGAUCUGUCCCAGAUGUUUCCUUCAGGCAUCUACGACACAAAAUAUGCAACAGAGUAUGAGCUGCGAUUUACAGCAUCAUACCUGGAAUAUGCCUAUAAGAAGUGUAAGCUGGAAAAUUCCAGAGCCAUUGAAGGUGGCAGAAAAGGGACUCAUGUGUUUCUGGAGUUUUGUAAAUAUACAGGGAACAUGCAAAGCUACAUAGACUACAGGCCUUGUGUGGACAACCAGGAUCAUGAUAGUGCCCUCAGCAUCUGUGUUCAGUUUUCAUCAUAUGGAUGGUGUCCCAAUGGUUCUCAAUGCCCCAUGUCACAUGACACAGACCUUAUAAUCCAGAAUGACGAGAUCAAACGAGACAAGAAAAAGAAGAGAAAGCGCAAGAAUAAAACGAAAGAUGGUGAAGAGCAUACGGACCAGCCUCCUGAUACAUGCGAGUCCCCAGAGGGCAAGAGGACACAUUUGGAAAACAUGGAACUGGAUCUGCUGGAUCAGUCAGUGCCCAUACAAGAACCCACACUCUCAGAACAACAGGAGACAGUGGAUGAGGAGCCAGCCGAUAGUGCAAAUGCAUCAGAGCCUACAAAAACAACUAAGAAUGGGAAUGAAGAAUCUCAGCCACAAGGGUCCUCUAUGGAUCCCGAUAGACCAAAGGAGAAGAAAGUUGAAGGAGGAACUCACAGGGCAGGCUUUGAUGCGUUCAUGACAGGUUACAUUUUUGCUUUCGCCAGGAAUCUGACCGCAAUGACGGAAGAAAGCAAAUCUGCAGACCACGUCCCCGGAUGUCUCAAUAAGCUGUACCUCAGUGGCAAGUCUGUCCCUUUACACAUAGCCAAAAGCACCUUCACCAAAUCUUCAAAGGCUCAUGUGCACAAGAUGGACUUUAUCUGGGGGAAAAGCCCUGCUGUUCAGACUGAGGGAAGUGCAUAAAAACUUAUUUUCUAGAUUUAUUUUUGUGCACAUUUUCGACAAAUAAAAUUUGAGUUUUUAAAGUAAUUGA